UCUAAGUGGUGAGGAGUGCAACCGUUGUUCGGUUGUGCACCAGACACCAUGGUUGACACCCGUAGUGGGAAGAGUACUGCCCCCUACACCCAAGCUCAAGAGGAGCAAGCCGCUGCCAUACUGAGGGAGAGAAGGGAGAAAAAGGAGCUCCUCAAGCAAGCAAAGUUGAAGGCGAUAGUGGAGGAGCAGGCGGCGAAGAAGAAGAAGUUGGAGGAAGAGAUAAGGAGAUUAGACCAGGAGGAGGAAGAGAAGAGGAGGGUUGCUGAAGAAGAAGCAGCAGCAGAGGAGGAAGCAGUAGAAGAUGUACCCCUCGACAGGAGACGCAGGGAAGAACGAGGGGAAAGCAGUGGCACGAAGGGAGAGGAUGCGUGGAUGGAGAAAAAGAUUAGCGAGUGGGUAGCUUAUUUAUCCCUGGGAGAGGAUGAGGAGGCACUGUUGUACGUGCCUCAGGAGGAGAGAGAAGCAUUCGCUAGGGAGUUGGAAGCGAUGGAGGACCCCUUGGACCGCCAGACAGCAGAAGAUGAAAAGAGAUUGGAGUGGAAGUUGCGGCUGACCAGGGACAAGAAGAGGAGGGAGGAAGCCAAUCGGAUGGCUAAAGAGGUGGAGAAAGUCCGGGCAUGCAGACAAGAGGUGCAGGCACAAACAAAGGCCCCCCCGAAGUUAGACAAGAUUUUGGGGUACCUUGAGGUUCUGAGCGAGGCCUGGCUUGAGGAGCAUCGGGCCAACAAGGGUCAAGAUGUGACCCUUCAUGCCAUCCGGUCAGGUUUUAGAGAGUUUGCGCGCGACGUGGUAACUCACGUCGGAACCGAGGUCAAAAGAUCGAAGGACGGCGCAGAGAAGUUCUGCGUCGGCGCCGUUGAAGGCGCCAAGGUAGUGGCCACAACAGCGGCCGCGUCGCGUCCCCGCAAAGAGCCUGUUAAGCUCAAAUUUCCUGACGCUUAUAGCGGGAAAAAGGACGAUAGUUUCAAUAAUUGGGAGGCUAGCAUUAAUACAUAUGUCUAUUUACAGCAUAUUGCCCCAGAGGAACAAGUCCUCGUAGCCUUCCACGCAUUGAAGGACGAAGCGGCCAGCUUCGCCAGGUCCCUUAUGCGCACCGCUGAUUGCGAGCACAAUAUGAUUGCAUAUUCUAGGCUCACCCCUCUCUCCACUUUCCUCAGACUCCUGUGUGAGAGGUUCACUGACGUCACAAGGGGCGUGAGGGCCUCUGACAAGCUCCAAACCAUCCACUCGCGACAGUGGAGGAGUGCGCGAGCACUCAAAGCUGUCAUGGACGACUUGGUAGCCGUCCAGACCACGGGGUCACAGAGACUCAGUUGGUCCAACUAUUCUAUCGUGCCAUGCCAGAGCCCUUGCGAGGGCAUUUGUUUGACAAGACCCAACAGGCCAACAUCACGUACGAUGCGUUGAGUCGAGAAGUGGUCCUGUUUGAGGCCAAGUCCAUGCCAGUUUCCACUUUCUGGCAUAAGGACUUAGAUAAGGGCAAAAAGUGGAAAGGCCGUACCAUCUCUGGCCAGGUUAGGGCCAAGGAUUAUCUGAUCCUUACAUUAGAUAAAGGUGGUGCAGACGA